CAGUCGAGCCUUCAUCACUGUUCAUGGUCUUUUUGGUCGAGCUGAAGUGAAUAAUUGCAGGAAAUGGAAUCAGGCAUUGCACACUGAAUCCUAUAGUACAUGUACCUUGUCAAAGAACUAUGCCUGUGUUUUCUGACCCAUCGCUCUUGACGGCAGUCAGGCUGAAGGAAGAGCUGACGAAGCACGGUGUCGAUUUCAAGCCAAACAGGCCGAAGAAGUAUUAUGUGGACUUAUACUCAAGAAACGUUCGAGAUGUGGACGAAUCUCAAUCCAAAUUGGAUUUCUCUUCUGAAGAGGAGGUGGAAGUUCCGGUAGCGAGGAAGCCAGUCGCUGUUGUCCGUUCCCAAACCCGCUCGUCCAUUGGCUCAUCCCGCUCUUCCAUCGGCCCAUCGCGCUCUUCCAUCGGCCCAUCCCGCUCGACAUCGAGACUGUCGGUGGUGCCGGACGACAUAACGGGCCUCAGCGACGCCGACCUCCGCCAGGAGUUGUUAGAGUAUAACUUUGAAGUUGGUCCAAUAUCCGAGACAACUAGACCGGUGUGUCAGCGGAAAUUAGCCGAAUUCCGAAGUAAGGGCAGCGCGAAGACACGUCAGUCAGGCGGCAGUCGUACUCUGUUCAGUGAUGAAGAGCUAGAUGAUAUGAGUGGUGGCCUUGGGGACGAAGGGCUAGAUGAAGAUGAACCAGAUAUGGAUGAUGAUGCGGAGACUGACGUCGAUUACGGUCCAGUGCUGACAAAGCGUACCUGGCCUCGUGUUUCAGAUGCAAAGCACACUGUGCCAACCGUAGCACAGGCGGGUUCUACACCGCCGCGCAGCACACAGCGCGCUGGUAUUCGGUCUCGCAUGCAGGACCAAACGAGCGCCAGCGGCUGGCCCGUGCGCGCUCGCACAGCACCUUCGACUGCGAGCCGUUCACCAACUCGCGAUGAUGGCAGGCAAGCAGCGGUGGCGGCGGCAGCAACACAGGGUCAGGUUGAUGUUACAGACUACGACACUGUAGACCGCAGAAGCCUCCUCCGGCGAAAGUCUGCUGUGAGUGGGCAAAGUCAGCAGCAACAGCAAGGCGGUAUCAGCUUUGCUCGCUUCCUGGAGCUACUUGCUGUUGGCCUGUUGGGAUUCUUCAUCGUCGUCAUCCUCAUGUUUGUAGAAGGACCCCACCAAAAUCUAAUUCCGGCCAUUCCAAAGUUUCCUUCCCAACCAGAUUCAGGCCCGCCAUGAGUCAUAUGCAUUGCGAAUCUGUAAGGAGACUCGACGAGAUCUUUGAAUUCGACUUCUUCCUGCAAUGUUUCUGUCUUUAGUUUGUUGUGUGGGAUUAUGACACACAUCAAGCUAACUAUCUAUGCCUCCAAGGAGCUCUCACUUCCUGUGUUCGACUCGCUCGCUGCCAUGUGUCUUUUUUUCUCUCUGCUUCUAUUCUUUUAUAACAGAUCAACUGCCUGAGAUUAUAGAUAUGAAUAGGUCAUGACAAGUCAUGUUGUCAAUGUAUGCACGGUAGAAAAAGAAUCCCACUCCCCUGUUUUAUUUUACUUGUUUAGUGAACUAUUUUCUUCAUAAAAACAUUGCUGUUUAUCUCUGCCACAUGCUUGUAUGCAGUGCUCGUACUAGUAGAUGCCCGCUUGUUUACUUUUGAACCUCCGCUACGCUGUGCAAGUUUGCAUGCCUUUAUGUUUCGCAAGUGCUUGUCCUGGUACUCGCAUCGACUUGUAAAUUUGUGUCGUUGUCGUGUUGUCUAUUGAUCUUCUGUUGUAUGUUCACAUUUUGUACUUUGAAGUAAUUGAAGUAUCCGCAUGUAUAUUCUUGUUGUAUGUCCAAGGUGUCUAGGCACAGUGUUGCUAGAUAGCAAUCUGACCAUUACUCUUA